UACUACUUCCGGUUCGGUGAUCGCUCCGCCCCGUCAUGUCACCCACGUGUGUGCAGAAAUAUGUUGAUGUUUCCUAUCAGUAAACUCCUGACGUUUAUGUGUCUGUUUUAGCUGCUUUAAAAGACUGCAACUCGGUUUAUUUGUCGACAUGGAUCUCGCCUCUAGAGACUCGUACAUCCAGAAACUAGCAAGUAAAGUGAUUCAACGAGAGCAGGAACCAAAGAAGAAGAAACCGUUUGUUUAUUUCAAGGGUAAAAAUGAUGCUGGUCCACCACAGAAGAAGAAAAAGUGUAAAAAGAAGGUUUUUAAAGAAAAGGGCCCCAAUGAGAAGACUCCUACUCCUAAAUCCCAACAAAAGCCUUCACCCUCUGCUGCUGCAGCACAGAAAGGCCCGGCCUCAGCCAAACUGAACUCGUCCAAAACUCCGAGCAUAAACGGAUCAACAGCUCAGACACCUAAAGGAGGAAAAGUAGUAUCCAACUUCUCCACAGUUGAUGUGCUUCGCAAGAGACUUCAUGAAAAGAUUGAGGAGUCCAGAGGGCAGGGAGCCCCUCAGGAUGCAGCAUCAGAGGCAGUCCAGGCAAAACGAGCAAAACGAAAGUUGGAACGGGAGCGCAAGAAGAGGAAGAGGAAAGAGUUUCGAUUGAAGAAACUGGCUGAAGAAAGUGGACAAGUAGAGCAGCAGCCGGAGAUAAAACAGGAAGCGGAGCUGGCCCCGGCCAAAAGCAAAAGAAAUGAAACUGCCAUCGUCUUCAACAAGAUGGAGAUGGUGGAAGAAGGAUAUGUAGACAAGAUUCAGAAAAAGAAGAACAAGAAGCAGAGCAUGAAGGGCCAGAUCACGCCACUGACGGGGAAGAACUACAAGCAGCUGCUCAGUCGCGUGGAGGCUCGCAAAGCAAAGCUGAAUCAGCUGAGGGAGAAAGAUGAGGGGAAGGCCCGCGAGAUGGAGGAGAAGAUGAAGUGGACCAACAUGCUCUACAAGGCGGAGGGCAUCAAAAUUAAAGACGACGAGGAUAUGCUGCGCACAUCGCUGAAGAAGAAGGAGAAGCGGCGCGAUCAGAGGAAGAAGCAGUGGAACCAGCGCAGCGAGAACAUCGUAGAGAAGAUGCAGAAACGUCAGGACAAGAGACGAAGGAACCUUCAGAAACAAAAACAAGUCAAAACAGAGAAGAAGAAGGACAGGGCGCGGAAGAGAGGCAGAGUACUGCCUGAGGACUUGAAAAAAGCAAAAGUUUAGAGCAAAGUGUGUGUAAUUCAAUAGUUUAGGAUAAGACAAUGAAGAUGGCGUUUAAAUAUGCAAAUCAGUCUCUUUUUUACGGCAGUAUCAUUUAUUUACACUAUGUUUAAGUGCUACUGCUGUCAAAGAUCAACAUUAUAUUUCAAUAAAAUGUGAUACCCCAUGAUGAUGAACAUGAAUUGCGAUCUGCUGUAUUUUUUUUUUUAGCAAAUAUCACACCUGUUGGGUAUGUGUAAGUGCUUAAUAUGCUAGACUAAACUUAUUUGCUUUCAGUCAAA